GGGCGGCCUCAGAGUGUCCCGGGUCGCCGGUUCCUCUCGCCAGUCGCCUGUGGCUCUCGGGACCGGGUGGUAUGCAGCUAGGCUGGGGUGCGGCCUCACGCGGCCCGGGACGGCGGGCCCCGGGGGACGGCGCGGACGUUGAGCGUCUACUGGACGCCUCAGCUGCACACUGCCCCGUUGGCAGACAGCCUCCAGAGCUUCUCUUACCCCUACCUGUGAGCUGGCUGACAUGGUGCCAGGGGAAGUCCCCAAGUCUACUCAGUGUCCAUCUCUCACCAGCCUGAAUACCAAAGAUGUGGUUCGGAGAAGACACAAGAGGAGAAGCCGGCAGCACCAGAGAUUCAUGGCCCGCAAGGCCUUGCUUCAGGGGCAGGAGCUGUUGAGCAUGGCACCAGGGCCAGGACUCUGUCCUCUGCCCUCCCCAUCACAGAUGCCAGCAGGCACAGAGGCUUCAGGCAGCAGGAGACAACGUCCCAAGGCCAGGUCUGGCAGCAAUGGCCUGUGCAGCAAAAGGCCUGUCCCCAGAGAAGCCCCAAGGUCUGGGCCCAUCAAGUGUGUGGCAAUUGACUGUGAGAUGGUGGGUACAGGCCCCCAAGGGCGGGUGAGUGAGCUAGCUCGCUGCUCUGUGGUGAGUUACAGUGGUGAUGUUCUCUAUGACAAGUACAUCCGGCCUGAAAUGCCCAUUGUGGACUAUCGCACCCGCUGGAGCGGCAUUACCCGCAAGCACAUGCACAAGGCUAUCCCCUUUCAGGUGGCCCAGAAGGAGAUCCUUAAGCUGUUGAAGGGCAAGGUGGUGGUGGGGCACGCACUGCACAAUGACUUCCAGGCCCUGAAGUACGUCCACCCUCGGAGCCAGACCCGGGAUACCACUUAUGUCCCAAACCUGCUCAGCCAGCCCAGCUCCCUCACCAGAACUCGGGUCUCUCUUAAGGACUUGGCCUUGAACCUGCUGCACAAGAAGAUCCAGGUUGGCCACCAGGGACACUCAUCUGUGGAAGACGCCAUGACAGCCAUGGAGCUGUACCAGCUGGUGGAGGUGCAGUGGGAGCAGCACGUGGCCAGCUCCGCCCAGGCCCAUCCCGAGGACAGGGGGCCUGACAGCAGCACUGAUGUGGAGCAGUACAUGGAUGACCAGUACUGGCCCGAGGACCUGACCCAGAGCACCAGGGGGGAGACGAGGGGGGCCCAGGGUAGACAGGAGGAAGGGCAGGGAGCUAGGAAUGCUCCUCCCUAGUCACACAGGGCAAGAGGUAAUCGCCUAGUUACCAGGAUCAGAGUUCUAAGGCAGUGUUUGUCAAAGCCUGAAUGUCAGGACUCCUUUGUGGGUUACAUAACCCUUUUACAGGGGUUGCCUAAGAAGACAAAGAUAUUUAAAUUAUAAUUCAUAACUAGCAAAAUUAUAGUUAUGAAGUAGCAACAGAAGUAAUUUUAUUUUGGGGGGCGGUCUCCACAGCAUGAGGGACUGUACUAAAUGGUCGAAGCAUUAGAAAGGUUGAGAACCACUGGUCUGGGAUAACUUAUGGGCACUGGUAGGCAAGGGCUCAGGUCACACCAUCCUCUGACAUAGUCUCAUCUUUCCUGCCACUUAGCAUGGAGACAGUAGACAAGCCCGUGGCUUCCCCAUUGUAAAGUGGGAAGAGUGGUAGAGCCUACCUCAUGGGGUGUCUAAGCACUUUGAGUGUAUCCUAGUGAUGAGCAGGAUGGGCUCUAUUCAGGCCUGAUUUCUGAGCAGCUAUGGCUCAGGCAGGACUCUUUCCCCUGGCUUUUCCAUCAGAUGGAGUGUGGCCAGGGCAAGGGUAUUGCAGGGGAGUUCAGAGGUCUCUGCAGGUCUUGCUGCCAGCUUCUGUCUCCACAUCAGCCUCCUGACCCUGCAUUGGGAAAGUGACAACAGUAAUCCAGACAGGGUCAGAUAUAAAGGGACACUACUGAGACUACAUUUCCCACUGUCCAUGAUUGCAGAAAAUGUUAGUCACACGGAUUGUUUGAUUGCUGGCUCUUCCCUGCCAGGGGAAGAGGGAGCUGGCCAAAUCAUCACCACCACUUCUGGCCUGGCACCAGGGGUGAGCUCUUGUUUCCUUAAAAAGCAGCGGCUUGUGCCAGCCUUGAUGCUGGGCAGUAGCAUUUGUGGGUUGAAGGGUGGGGGAACUGUUAGCUGGGAGAAGUCAGCUUGUUUGUGGUACCAGACCAUUCGCACAGGAAUAAAGUGCAACUGGAAAAGUG